CGCCACGGCGCGGCAUGCUAACGAUGACCGCCGUCGUUAUCUGUCAUAGUGAAACCGGCAGCAGCGGCAGCCCUUGGCGAAUGCUGAUGCAGUCGUUUGCCUGCCAUUCGGUCAUGGUCGCACACAGGAGAGUUUUAACCGCAACGAGGACAACAUAUCCGUUCCUUCCCCGCCAGAAUGUACAUCUCCGCCGCUCCCGCCCACGCGCGUGGAUGCGCGUGUUGCAGGGUCCGCGUCUUCCAUACCGUCGAACCCAUUGCGAUACGCAAUAUGGAGCGCUGUCUGGCACCCACGAUGCCCGCAAGGAUGAGAAAUGACGUCGUCAAGGGUUGAUGGAAAAGUGAGUGAUACCCGGCUAUCGGGUAUCUCGCUAUGGUCUCCCAUUACCAAACCAUUGUCAAAAUAUUUGAAUUUGCGCCAGAAUACAAGAUGUCAAAUGUC